CUCGUGCUCCGGCGAGAGAUGAUCAAACAAACGCUUUUCGAUCGUAUUCCGACGCCCCGACAUUGUGGUGGUGGAGGAGAGUUACAGUUUUCAAGAAAUCACCGUCUCAGUCGUGUGUGCUUUUCAAUAAUUCCCCGACUCGUGCGAAUUCCCAAUUCAAUGGCAACACCGUUGUGGCGGAAUUAACAGCGUCGCUCCGAACGCGCUCAAACGGGACGCAAGCUUUUGGUUGUGUCGCGCUCGAAGGAAAAUUAUAAAUUUUCCACAAUUUUCAUCAACAUUUUGCUCCUAAAACUGUGAUUAGCACCGGUGCAAAUAAUUAGUGGUGCAUUCAGUGUUAUUCUCUAUUCAAAUGAGUGUCUAAGCGUUUCAAUUUUGUGAAUGAACGUCGACGGUUGACGAUUCGUUAAAUGUGAAAAUUAACAUUACAUCGAUUUUCUCUUAAAUUAAAUUUAGGAGAUAAGAACAAUUUAAGAUUUUCUAUAGUUAGACGACACAAGUAAAUAGGGAAUUUAAUUGUGUCCUGUUCACGGAAGGAGCACUAAAUUGAUUUUUCACUUUUCGCGCCACUAAGCUUCUGAAGACAUUAUACUUUCGUCUUCUUUCGCGCAUAAAAUCACCAAAAAAAACGACAAAUUCAGUGUAUAUAUCCCAGAAAUCCUCGCGGCGAAGGAUCAUCGUUAAACAUUCACAGUAUCAGUGUUGUGUGAAGCGCCGCAUUGAUUAGUGAAAACUUGUGUUGGCUCACGGGGAAAAGAGCAACAAGUGGAAAUGUGAAACCCCUAAGCUGGAGGUAGUGUUUAAAGGUCACACAAAAUUAAGAAAAUUCAUAAAUGUGUAUCCCGAUGGCAGCAUUAAUGAGGAAAAUUAAUUAAAUUUUCCCAAAACGCCCUCCACAAGUCUCACCCAUUUUUUUUUCAGACUCUCUUUAGAUUUUCCCUCAAUAUACAUUGUCUAUGAGAGACACCUUAUUGGCAGUCUCUCCCGUGCAUUCGACAUUUCGUGACGUUAUAGUGUCGUGUGUGCAGGAUAAUUACCAAACUUGGUGUAUAGUGUUGUAGAAUAUUUUAUGCUUAUGUGAUGUUUUCCAAGUGAUGGAGAUCUCCUCUUUUAUUUGCCUCAAACUGAAGGCUUCAACUAUUGACAAUGUUAGCGAUGCGUCGUGAAAGUGACCGACCAUACGGAAGUAGUGGAUCAACUGGAAAUAGUAACAAUCUUGUGCCGAAUAUUAAUAAUAGCUACACGACAUAUCCUUCAAGCGACACUUCUUGUCUCGGCAAUACAACAGGCCCAUCAGGAGCGGGUCUUGAUGAAUACGUGGAUAUCCUACAAGUUCAGCAACUCCUCCUUGAUUCAACACCACCUACAGGUGUCAGUACAGGAACUACCAAUACCACCAGUAACACUUCAAAAGCACGGCCUCGAGUUAAUUUGCAAAAGGCCGCCGAAUACUCAAGCCAGGUACAAGGUGGCGUUGCCCCUGGACCACCUGCCACGGCCAUGAUCAUGGAAGGGUUGGAAACCCUCGUUGCGCCAUCGCAUCACGCAUUCCUGCUAACUGAAUCCGCUGCAGCGGCCCAUUUCAACGUGCUCAGCUUCGACACUUGCCUUUUCAAGUCAGCCACCACCACUUCGUCUAGCAUCAACAGCCACACCAGCAGCCCAGCCAAUCAUCACGGCACCGCCACCGGCAAUAGCAACACAAUUACCAGCUGUGGCAACGGGCCCACUGGCAAUCUCAACAACAAUACCCUCAACAUCAACCACAAUCUCAGCAGCGCCAACCAGCAGCAGCAAUCGCCCCACCAGGAAGCUCAGCAGCAGCAAGUGAGCUCAGGUGGUGGAGGGCAUCCCCACUUGAGUCUCCUUACCACACCCGGUGCAACUGGGUCCGUGGGCUCCGAGGCGCCAUCCGUUGUCGAGGACGUUCAAGCUACGUCUGAAUCCCAACAGGGUGAUCUCAAUACACCUGUCACCACUUCUGGCGACAUCCCAUCAUUCUUCGGACCUGCCACUGUCGUUGAACCACCGCCAAUUACCGGUUCUAUUGAAUCCGAAGAUUUGUCACUGGAGCCACAGAGUACAUCCAGUCCGUGUGGUAGUUUGUGCAGCCCACUGAAGGAGGAACGUAGUAGUCCGUCAUCAAUCAUCAAGGAGGAGACAAGUAAUACCAGUAGUGCUACCAUGUAUCCCCAUCAUCAUCACCAUCAUCAUCAGAAUCACCAAAAUGCAGCACAACAGCAACAACACCACCCACACCAUCAACAACACAAUAGCCACGAUACACAACACAAUACGUUAAACAAUCAACAUAACAGUCACCAUCAACACCACAGUCAUCAUACACAACAACAUCAAUCUCCGUCAUCUGUAUCGAAUUCAAAUACGUCCGCCCUCCAUCAACACCACAACCACCACCAAAAUCCACAGUCUGCGGGCAAAAUUUCAUAUCGUGGCAUUUUCACAGCUACCGGCAGUCCAAACAUGGGUCUCACCACAGCCCAGCUGGGUUCCCCACAACUCACCGUAAUGCCGGGUCAGAUGUCACCCCCGUCCGCAGGUCUCGGCAGCUGGGGGCUCCCCAGUCCCGACAAGACCCUCUUUCAACCACCAAUGUUCAGCCUCCUAGGCCCCGGCCCACAGUCUGGCAAUACAACCCAAACACACUAUAGUAACCAGGGUACCACCCAAAGUCCAUCACCCCACCAUCACGCUUACGGUGGUGACGAUCGACCCCACCAGCAUGUUGAACUUCUUGGACUCAACAUGGAUUGCUCUGGAAUAAUUCUGAAGCAACCGCCAAAUUACAGCAGUUGUGUGCCAACAUCCCUCUCCUCACUGGAUAUUCAAAGUUCAGCUGGGGACAUGCAUCAGUAUUCACGUGGCCAAGGUCUUGGUGUAUCGACGCCCAAGUACCAGUGGCUCGACUCUCCAGUUGAGUAUGGAAGUCCUCAGCAAUCGCUCGUGGGCCCUGGUCCGUCAUCCUCCUCAUCGUCAGUGCUGGUACCCAAACAGGAGGCUUUCGUGUCGACAAAUACCUGCUCAAGUGAUUCGAGUCAGCAGCACCAGCAAAUGCAGGGUCAACAACCACCGCAAACUCAGUAUCCAGUCCAAUUGGCCGAGUACAACCCAUCGACGAGCAAGGGACAUGAAAUCCUUUCGCAAGUAUACCAGCAGAGUCCCAUUCCGCUGAAAUUAGUUCCCGUAAAGCCGCGCAAGUACCCCAACAGGCCAAGUAAAACGCCCGUUCAUGAGCGACCGUAUGCCUGUCCUGUGGAGAACUGCGAUCGCCGCUUCUCGCGAUCAGACGAACUUACCCGCCACAUUCGAAUCCACACCGGACAGAAGCCCUUCCAGUGUCGCAUAUGCAUGCGAUCGUUUUCACGAUCGGAUCACCUAACAACGCAUAUACGGACACAUACAGGUGAAAAGCCAUUCUCGUGCGAUGUGUGUGGACGGAAAUUUGCUCGAUCGGAUGAGAAGAAGCGUCAUGCCAAAGUUCACUUGAAGCAGCGCAUCAAGAAGGAAAGCAAGAUGCAACAGAAUCAAUCCAGUGUACAACCACCGUCCGUAGUUGCGCCCAGUCACCACCACCAUCCGCCACCGCAGCAGCACACGGCACACCAUAUGCUGCACGAUGAUAUGAUCCCGAUCAUUGCAACAUCCUCCACGACAGCCUUGUAGGCCGAUGCAUCAUCGAUCGAUAGCAUGCGAAUCACGGAUGACACACUCACAGCACAGCACUUGUCACAAAUUGAGGACAUCGCCGAUGACGUCGAUGAGGACGAUCUAGAUCUCGGUGAUUUCAGCGUCGUCGAUCCCCAGACACUGGAUCUGGUGAGUGAGAAUCAACUCACCCUUGCCCCAUUGUCCACACUCCCAAUAUCCGGGGACGAUCAACCGCUAGUUAUCCUUUUUUUUCUGCAGUAGUUUCGACACAGUGUUAAAACCAUUGCACAGUAUAAAUCCAACAUUAAAUGUGGUGUUUCUCUCCUAAGAAAACAUAUAAUGAAAUCUAUGUUGUGUCAAUGUGUUUAAAAAAAAAAGAGAAAAUUGGUAAAAAUACGCAAGAUGUUAGUAAUUAUUAAAGAAAAAAAAUUAAGAAAAUGUGAUUGGUGGAAAUCUGUUUUUCGCGUGAUAUUGAUCGAUGAUCGAUCAACUCUCUAUGAAUUAUAUGAUUAGAUAAAAUACAUUUUAAACAAAAAAACGACAUUAAAUUAUAGCUGAUUACGUAAAAUAAUAGAUGUUUUAUCUCAACUACUGUGAUCUCAAAUAAUAGACUUUAAUUUAAAAUAUUAAAUUUGUAAAUAAUGAAUUCAUUAUUAAAAAAAAAUGAAAGAAAAUUACACAAACUCUUGCAAAGAGAAUUUUCUGAUACGCCAUUAAAGCGUUCAAGCAAAACAAAAAUCAUGGAAAAAAUUGAAAAAUUUCUUCGAUAAAUUAAUUUUUAUCUCGUCAAGUGUUUCUAUUUUACUUGUUUAAAAAAAAAUACAUAAAUUGAAAACUUUCAAUAUGUGCAAUCUUUGUUCUUCGAAUUUCAAUGUUUUAUCCAACAAGAGAUCAGUUGCAAUAAUGAAAUGAAUAAUUAUUCAAAAUAUGCCAUUUUUUUACAAAAGAUAUCCUUCUUAUCUUUUUUUGACACAAUGCCAAGAAAAGGCCUAUAUGUAUACAUUUUCUAUGAGAAUUUCUGUCACCUUUUUACAUUAAUCUCAUCUCUCGCAUGACUAUCGUAUUUAGAUAGAUCAAUUUCCAAAAUUGAAUAGAUUUGUAAAUUUAGGGCCGUAUAAGGAUAACGUUAUUUAAUUUUAAAAAAUGUUAUUAAUCUGUGUAAUUUAACAUCACAUAAUUAUAUUACAUAACUAUGAUGAAAAAAAUAUUUAAUUAAAAAAAAAAGAAACAUGAAGAAAGAAAAAAAAAUCGAAAAAACUAAUAUUGAAUUAAACAGACAAAAUUAACAAUGGCUUUAAUUAAUAUUAGAUUCUAGAAAAUCAUAAAAUGGUUUAAAACAAAAGGUGAGAGCGGUCAUCGAGAGACGAAAAGCUGGAAGAAAAAAAAGGAAAAUUAAGGUAAAUUGCCAAAAACAUCAGUAUCUAAAUCGGAAUGUUUCCAAAAAAUGUGGAAAUUAAAAAAAAUCCUAAAUUACAAAAAAAAACUGAAACAAUAUUGGCAGAUAAAUGCUAAAAUGAGAGAUAAUACGUAGAAAUACAUAUUUAACAUAAUAAAAAAAAUAAUAAACACAUAACCUCAGUCUUUUUACAUUCCAUAAAUAAAAUAAAAUAAAUUGUGAAUAAAAAUUUAAAUCUCUUCUUGUUUCUUACACGUUAAAAACACAUUUCAAUUUUAUUCAUUCUCUUCAAUAUUUUGUCGUGCAUUAAAAUUCAGCAAAACAGGUUAUAAAUGGCCUUACAAAUUCAGUGCAAAAAAAAAUGUAAUCGUACAUAAAAAGUGCCCUCAAUUUUCAUAUAUUUUCCAUAAAGAAAAUCACACCCCUUUUUCGAAAAAAAUAAUCAAUAUUAUUCCUCUUUUAGUUAAUUGGAAUAAAAAUAAACUAUCUAUACUAAAUACAAAUAGCAAAAAAAUCUCUGAAAUCAAUUGAAUUUACUAUCAAUUGCAUAAUGUAUAUAUUUGUGGUGACGAUUAAAAUUUUAUUAACUUACAGUGUUGAUGAAACUUUCAUCUUUUUUGAGAUAUUCGACGGAUCGGCCUACAUAUUGUAAUUGAAAUAUUUAAAUCAUAAUAUAUUAUAGACGCAAGGUAAUAAAAAAAAUACAUAUUGAAUGUAAAUUGUAUAACAUUGCUUAAAAAAAAUUCACAAAAAAUUCACAAAAAAACAAAACAAAUAAUAAGAGGGCAUUGUUUUUUUUUUCUUAAUAUAACUGACGGAAAAAAAAAUACAAAAAUUAAAUCGAAACAAAUGUAAUGAAGACAAAAAAGAUCAGUUCCAAAAAAAUGAAAUUAUUUAUAAAAAUUUCAUUGCCAUUUGAGUGAAACUAUUUAAGAAUUGAAUUAUUGUGCCAUUCAUUUUGAAUUUAAAACUUCUACACGUUCAUCUUUCAGCAUACACAAAAAUUUAUAUAAACGUACAAUAUUUAAUAUUUCUGUGAAGAGAACAGGAUGUUUAACUAUUAUAUUCAUUGUAAAAGAAAUUAUUGUAUAAUUAAAAUUACAAUUAUACCUACACAUUAAUUAAAUUUAAUAAUGACAUAACAAUCAAAAUAUUGCAAGUAAAUAAAUUAUAAUGUUGAUACUAAAAAAAA